CGACAGGCCGAUGAACACCAGCCAGUCGGUCAGUAUUUUCAAACGGGGUGACCUCAUCAACUGAAUCGGACGUGAAAUAUAGUAAAUCCCGCAGCUCUCGGUCGAUAACGUAUCACGCCCGUGUGUUAUCCUGAAGCUUAGUGUAUAGAGCACCAAAUAUAAAAAUCAAUACACCGACAGCGGUCGGGUUUAGUAGAGCAGUGUUACUUGAGCGAUUCAGUGCUACUUUUCGGUCGUGUUCCGCGGUGACUCACGCUUGGGAAAAUUACUCUUAGCUCUUGCCGAGUGCUCAUUCCAGACUUGUAAAAUCAUCAGUAUUCAGAAAGCGAUGGCCACCGAAAUUGACGCCCAGUUUGCCAGCAAAACCAACGAUUUCGCAUUGGAGUUGUACAAGCAAAUUGCUUCAACCGAUAAGAAGAAUGUUAUCAUUUCACCGCUCUCUAUCAGCACCUGCUUAUCGUUGGCGGCGUGUGGCGCGGCUGGCGAAACCGCCGAGGAAAUGUUCUCGGUGCUGAAGUAUGACGGCGCCGCCCAGAAGCAAUCCGUGGCGGAACAGUACGGCCGAGUGUUGGCCGGGCUGAACGCCAACCCGACGCUGAACAUCGCCAACAAGGUGUACGUGAUGGACAAGUACACGAUCAAGGCCGGUUUCGGCGAGGUCGCCCAGAAGAGCUUCUACUCCGAGGCCGAGACGGUCAACUUUGGCGAGAACGAUGCCGCGGCCAAGAAGAUCAACGGUUGGGUCGAGCAGAAGACCAACGACAAGAUCAAGGAUCUGAUCUCGUCGGAUUGCCUCGGUCAGGAUACCCGAAUGGUACUGGUCAACGCGAUCCACUUCAAGGGAACCUGGAAGCACCAGUUUGACAAGCAGCGGACCAUUCCGAUGCCCUUCUGGAUCACCGCCACCGAAUCGAUCGAGGUUCCGACAAUGAACAUCAAGAAGCACUUCAACUAUGGCGUCUUUGAAGAGCUCAACGCAUCGGCACUCGAGCUAACCUACAGUGACGGAGACCUGAGCAUGCUGAUCCUGUUGCCCAACGAACGCGACGGGCUGCCACAGUUGGAGGAGAAACUACAAAGUAUUAACAUUGCCGACCUUACUUCCAAGAUUUACAGCCAGGAGGUGGAGGUUGCACUACCCAAGUUCAAAAUCGAAUUCGAUGUGGAUCUGAAGGAGACGCUUGAAAAGCUCGGAAUGGGAACGAUGUUCACGGAAAAGGCCGACUUCAGCGAACUGCUGGAGCAACCCGACCCGCUGUACGUCUCGAAGGUCGUUCACAAGGCCUUCAUCGAAGUCAAUGAGGAGGGAACGGAAGCGGCUGCCGCAACUGCCGUGAUGUUUCUACUUGGAUGUUCAAUGCACGCGAUUCGCCUUGAGUUUAUCGCCGAUCAUCCGUUCUAUUUUGCACUGUACGAUAAGAAAUCCAAUAUGCUUGCCUUCAAUGGGCGUCUGAAAAACCCAAAAUGCAUGAUAAUGAUGGCCCGCUGCAUGAUCUUCCCGGCCCGGUUCGCCGUCGAGCAUCCGUUCUACUUUGCCUUGCUUGACCGGAAGCUGAACCUGGUGGCGUUCAACGGACGUGUGCGGGAUCCGAAAUAUCAACCUAUUUCAGUGCGUGAUUCAUUCCACGACAGAGGAGUUCACUUGCUGUUCCAACUCGCAGUACUACUUAUACGGAUCGUCAUCAGCUAUCAGAACGAACCAUCGGCCACGAUGACCUCCGCUCUGGACAUCCAAUUCUCCAGCAAAACCAACGAGUUCGCUUUGGAGCUGUACAAGCAAAUAAUUUCCUCCGAGAACAAGAAUGUCAUCAUUUCUCCGUUCUCGAUCAGCACCUGUCUCUCGUUGGCGGCCUUCGGCGCCGCCGGCCACACCGCAAACGAGAUGUUUUCCGUGCUAAAGUACACCGAUGCCGAACUAAAGGCUUCGGUAGCGCAAAUCUACGGCAAAGUCCUGAAAGACUUUAACGCCAACCCUACGGUGAAGAUCGCCAACAAGGUGUACGUGAUGAACAAGUACUCGGUGAAGGCAGGGUUUGACGAGGUCGCCCGAAAGCACUUCCACUCGGAGGCCGAGACGAUCAACUUUGGAGAGAAUGUGAUCGCGGCGAAGAAGAUCAACGGCUGGGUUGAGCAGAAGACCAAUGACAAGAUCAAAGAUCUGAUUUCGCCGGAUUCCCUGGACGGAAGUACCCGCUUGGUGUUGGUCAACGCGAUCCACUUCAAGGGCACCUGGAAACAACAGUUCGAUCCGGAGGUGACGAAGCCGAUGCCGUUUUGGGUCACGGCCACCGAGUCGGUGGACGUUCCGAUGAUGAUGAACAAGAAGCACUUCCGGUACGGGAAGUUCGAUGAGUUGGGAUUGUCGGCGCUGGAGCUCACGUACAGUGAUGGCGAUUGGAGCAUGCUGAUUCUACUGCCAAAUGAGCGCGAUGGUUUGGCGAAGUUGGAGGCGAAUUUGCAGAACAUUGACGUGGUCGAUCUGCUUUCGAGGAUGAGGAGACAGGAGGUGGAGGUAUUUUUGCCGAGAUUCAAGGCUGAAUUUGAGUUGGAUCUUACGGAAACGCUCAAGCAGCUUGGAAUGGGAACGAUGUUCACCGAUAAGGCCGACUUCAGUGAACUGCUGGAGCAACCAGAGCCGGUGAAGGUUUCGCAAGUGGUGCACAAAGCGUUCAUCGAAGUCAAUGAGGAGGGCAGUGAAGCAGCUGCUGCUACAGGCGUGAUCAUGAUGCGAAAAUGCGCGAUGGUUGUCAGACGCGUGAAAUUCCUCGCCGAUCAUCCCUUUUAUUUUGCACUUUUGGAUACAACGAAAAAUCUACUUUCUUUCAAUGGGCGUUUGAACAACCCGAAAUAGUUACAGUUUUUUUUUUGUCCA